AUGCAAAGAAGUUGGAUUGUUAGCUCGUAUUUGUAUCUCAUAAUUGCACUAUCGUUCUAUACGAUAGAAGUUUUGACAAAUCCGUUGAAUUCUUCUACACACUUGAUAAAAAGAGCAUUCUAUGAAGCUGACUUGACCCAAAACCCUCCCGGUGGAACUGCAGAUAUUCCUACGAGCAUGGCACAGUGCGGAGGAACCAUGAAAUUUUCGGGCUUUACACUCUCUCUCACUCCUUCAAGCACGCCCGGGUAUCCUAAUUUAGUUGAGACUCUUACUAUGCAAGCACCUGUGGCUUUAGCGCAACCUACAAUACAAUUAAGUUACGGUAAACCCUGUGAUGCUGUGCCUGGCGUCUCUACACACAACCUGGUUUGCGAUACGCCAACCUUUCAAGAUUUUUGCACAGUUAAGGGAAAUACAUUGACAAUUUCUCUUAAUAUGGCAAACAAUUUUGGUCGAUUUAGCGCCCUUCGGACGGUUUUCCCAGACAACCACUUCUCUAUGCAAAUUUUGGUAAAUAAUGGUGCUGGUUGCGCCAGAAUUAUUCUUAACCCUCGUUACAACCCCGCCUGUCCUAAUCUUGAGGGCAACCCCCCUCCAGCCGGUUCUCCGACUCCAACCGGCGGCGUUUCUUCUCCUAUCCCUGGUAGCACAUUGACAAAGAACCUCCCGUACGUGUACAACGUUCCAAUAAUAGCCGGCGCAAUUGCUGUGCUGACUAUCACACUGCUACAAGCGAGCAACAUUAUGAACACUAAGGCAACGACGUCACAUUUUCAACAUACAGACCUUAAGGAGUUGAGCUAUGAACAAUCAGCUUUUGUGAUACCACCUCCAUUGACAGCACAAUCGCCUUCUAUAUAUGAUAUAUUUCGUGCUGUUCAAUUUUUUGUGACCACUGCUAUGCUUUCUGUGCCUUGUCUAUUAAAUAGCCUAGAUUUAAACUUUAGCUAUCAGGUUGUGGCGUCCAAACUUGGAUGGACUUGUGGAAUACCACCAUACAGUUUCCAUGCUGGGUUCAUAUCCGACGCUGCAGAUAACCAAAUACGAGAAGGAAUAUGUCACAUAUCGGAUAGCCAAUAUUCGAGUUUGAGCCCACCUUCUUCUGGAUUUACAGAUUUUGGCAAGGCCAUUGGAAUUCCGGGAUAUGAUUUGUUUUUUAUGGUAUUGAUCAUAUUUUGCUUUGCACAGUUGGCUGCGUUUGUUGUCGCAUUAUUGCUUGGAUCAUUAGCGUGGUUGCUCAAGUGUUUCUGGGAUAAAUGGUCCAUCCUGGAAACUGCUGCGCAUAAUAUUCACUUUUUAAUGCUUGGCGGAAUGUUACGUCUGCUACUCUUGUUUUACUAUCCUUUAACACUUUUUGCCGCCUAUCAAUUAUCUCUUUACUACGAUUGCUGGUUUUUAUUGUUUCUUGCUGCAAUUUGUAUUGUAGUAAUCUCUAUCGGAACAGUAGUGAUUUGUGCCCGCAAAAUUAUCAAGGACAUGCGUUAUAAUCGGGAAGCAUUUGACUCGCCAGCUCACAAAAUCGUAUUGGGCGCGUUUUACACUCAAUAUCGAGACAGUUCGGAGUCGCAACAACAGACCCGUAUUUGGUUCUUCAUAAUUACGGUUGUUUAUGAUUUUGUUAGGGCCAUCGCCAUUGGAGCGGCUCGGAAGAACGGUUUGAUGAACAAGUUAAAUAUAAGCAUUUCAUUUUUGAGGUUAGCUGUUGUUUUUUUACUACUUCCGUAUUCAAACACUUGUGCUAGUGAGGCUUUCCAAAGUAUUGCAUUUGGUUUGCAAGGCGUUAUUGUCGGAUUAUUAUUCGCGGUAAUGCUCGCCAAAUCGGCUAUGAUAGUUAAAGGUUAUGUUGACAAGAAAAAGAGUGAUAAUUCUACACCACCACCACUUACCCAUUAG